GCCGCGCUCCCUGCGGCAGCUGGCGGCGGUCGCGGGCCAUGGGGGGGAAGAGCUUCCGCCUCAGCGUCCUGACCCUCGGCGUCCUGCUCCUGGCCGCCGCCUCGCAGGGUGCGGAGCCGCUGCCGAGCUGCGAGGCGGUCCGGAAAGUUUUCCAGCUGCGGCGGCUCGGCCCGCUCGGCGGCGUCCCGGAGUUCCCGCGGGCAGGUGUUGAUCUCCAGGUUUGUACUUCUAAAAAUCCAACAUGCUGUACCAAAAGGAUGGAAGAAAGGUAUCAGACUGCAGCAAAGCAAGAUAUGCAUCAAGUGCUUCAAACAUCAAGUGCUACAUUAAAAUUUUUAAUAUCACGUAAUGCAGCUGCUUUUCAAGAAACCUUUGAAAUGCUUAUCAGACUGGCUGAGAAUUACACAAACACACUUUUCUGCAGUGCGUAUAGAACCAUGGCUGCUGAGGCUACUGUGCACGUGCAGGAGUUUUUCACAGAUGUUGGACUCUUCUUAUUUGGCACAGACAUCAGCACAGAGGAAUUUGUGAAUAGAUUUUUUGACACCCUGUUUCCAGUAGUCUACAACCAUGUGAUUAACCCUGGUCCGACUGACAUUUCACUGGAAUAUGCGGAGUGCCUGCGAGCGGCAAGAAGAGACAUCAGGCCCUUUGGCAGCAUCCCCAAAAAGGCCGUAGGACAAAUGGGAAGAUCACUCUUACCCAGCCGGACUUUCUUGCAGGCUCUGAAUUUGGGGAUCGAAGUGAUCAAUACAACGGAUCACCUGCGCUUCUCCAAAGACUGCAGCAGAGCUUUGCUGAGAAUGCAGUACUGCCCACACUGCCAGGGGCUGACGCUGAGCAAGCCCUGCAUGGGCUACUGCCUCAACAUCAUCCGAGGCUGCCUGGCUGACGUAGCAGAAGUUGAUCUCCACUGGCGGGAGUAUAUCCAGUCCCUGGAGGAGCUCUCCAGAGCCCUGAGUGGAGCACACGGCAUUGAGCACGUGCUGCUGAACUUCCAUUCCCUUGUUCAUGAUGCUCUGGUACAGGCUCGGAUCAACGGGCCAGAAUUAUCUGAGCAGGUGAAUAAGAUAUGUGGUCCUCCUGUAAGGAAGCCUAAACAGUCUCCAGGUUGCUCCUUUGAUCAGAACAAAGAUAAUCAAGGCUUGAAGAUGUUCUCCAGAGACAGUGAAGAAACACUCACCAACAGAAGAAAAGAAUUUAUCAGCCACCUCCGUCUCUACAGAGCCUUUUACGGCAGCCUGGCGGAUCAGCUGUGCGGGAAUGAGCUGGCAGCUGCCGAUGGACUCCCGUGUUGGAAUGGAGAAGAUGUCGUAAGAAGCUAUACGCACCGUGUGGUUGGCACUGGAAUCAAAGCUCAGUCUGCAAAUCCAGAAGUAAAAGUGAAGGGAACAGAUCCUGUAAUAAGUCAAAUUAUUGACAAGCUGAAACAUGUUAUUCAGCUGUUGCAGGGCAAAUCAUUUCCAAAACAGGACAAAUGGGAUCUCCAACAAGCAGGCAGUGGUGGAGGUGUAGAUGAAGAAAUCAGUGGUGAUUGUGAUGAUGAAGAUGGUUGCGGAGGAUCUGGAAGUGGAGAAUUCAAAAGAGUCCUGAAAAUUACAGACCGGAUGCCAGACAAGACGAACCUCAGUGACGUAAAGCAAAUCCAUCAAACCAACAAUGGCAGCACUUUAGACACAACUGGAGCAGGAUGUACAGCAAUGGCUGAUUAUAUGACAUUUAUGCUGAUUAGUUUGGUAAUACUGUUUCUCAGUCUUUGGUAACUGCUUAUUUAUGGCUUGAUAUAUGUAUCUCAUUGUCAUCUAUUUAUCCCCACUCACAAGCCUGGAAUGAGGGAUCUGGUGAAUACAGCAAUAUUUAUAGUAUCUUGUAUAAGAUCAGGCAGUGAUCUUAAUCCUGAAUAUUAACAAAGAGUUUUGUGUGAUAUUUUACCUGUGUUUUUUUUAAACAUCUGUAUAGUCAUAAAAAGUCAUGUUUUCUUUUUUAAUAUUUUAUGUUGAAAAUUAGUUGUCUAUGAUAAUCUCUCUCUUAAAAGCAAUUUGUAAAAAAAGAGAGUAUUACCAAGUUUGAAACGGUCUCUGGAGAUCAUCUAGAUCAGCCCUGUGCCCAUAGUAGACUCACUUCUUGCAAGUUUCCUAAGACCAAGUUAAGUUGACAUUGGAAUGUCUCCAAGGAGGGAGACUUCACUGACUCUCUGGAGUGACUAUUCUAGUGUGCUUCAACACUCCCAGCAGAUGGUAUCAGCCAUCUUAGGUUGUGAGAUAUUUUUUUAACUAUUGUGUUUUGGUUUGUGACUCUUUCCCAUUGUGCCCACUGGGCCCCGUCACAGCACCAUGGACAAGAGUUUGGCUCCAUCUUCUUUGCUCCCUUUAUCAGGUAAUUAUAUAUUUUCAAAAGAUCCCACUCUGCAUCUUCUCCAGCCAAACAGACUCAGCUGCCUCAGCCACUUCUUGUGUAAGAUUUGUACCCAUACCUUAAAAAUCUUCAUGGCCCUUUGCAGGAAUCCAUCUACUAUGUCCAUAUCUUUCUUGUCAUUGUCCUUGAGAGCCCAGACCUGAACAUAGCACUGUAGAUGUAUCCCACUAGUGCAGAACAGAGACAAAGGAUCACCUCCUUUGACCUCCUGACAUUUUUCCUGAUUCAUCCCAGAAGGCUGAAGGGAGCAGUCUGGGCACUUUUUCAGCUUUGUGUCCAUUAGGACCACAAGGUCCUUCUCUGCAAAGCUGCUUUUCACCCAGCAGGCACCAACCUGUACAGGUGCAUGGGGUUAUUCGACCCCAGGAGGAGGAUUUGGCAUUUCCCUUUCUUGAACUUUCUGAGAUUCCUAUCAAGUGAAUUCUUCAGUCUGUCAGGGUCCCACUGAAUUCAGAAUUAUUUUUUAUUGUUCAGAAAAACCUGUAUGUUAAAUACUAUAUAUGUAUAUUAUAACUGCAUUUUCUCUAGGGAUAACAGCAAGGUUAAGAUCUAGUGAUGGAUUAAGGUAUCUUUAUCUGGAUUGCCACAUAAAGAUAUUUACAUAUGUGCUUUUUAUCUCUAGGAUGUAGUCAUUGGAUUCAAUUGCUAAAAUACCAACAAUGAGUCCCUGUUGUGAUGCUCAAAAAACCCCACCUGGUUUCCACUACAGUUUUGAAUGGCCUCAGGUCCUUGGGCAAGUGACCGUAGCCCUUUAUCAACAGUCAGUGAAGCCCAGUGCAUUUUUCAGCUCAUAUAAAGACAGACACCCAAAAAAGCAACUCAGUUGCCAAAAAAAACCUGGUGUCACCUAACAUUUCUUGGAGUAUCCAAGACAUCCUCAGGGGACUAGCAUAUAUGAUGCAGGACUUACGGGAUGUUCCAGAGGCUUCCUUAAAUGGGAACCAUGGGGAAUGGCAGCUGGCAGCUAAGUGAGACACCCUUAAUUCAGAUUUGGACGUUCACAUGUGGGCCCAUGAAUCAUACACCUCCAUCAAUCUUCCAUCAAUAUUAUUGGUACCUUAGAUACCUGGUUGGAGUGCUGACACACGAAUGCAGACCUGAGCCACUCAAGUUCUAAUGCUUCAUAAAAUGAAGCAACUAAAAGUGUACUGACGGUACAUUAAGUAUUACUGUUAUAAAAAUUGAUUGUUUUGCCAUGUCUAAUUCCUGUGCCAUUUUAACUUGGAAGCAUUUAAGAAUAUUUUUUAGUUAUUUCUCCUGUAAAGUAUUUUACAAGAUGACAAAAACAGCCUGUACAGUAUGGUAUGUAUUCAUAUGGUAACUAGAACUGUUUCUAGACUAAAAAUGUUACUCUUACAUGAGACUAAUAUAAAGAAACAUACAUAAACAUUUUUAUUCCCAAAUGUAUAUGUUAGUCAUUAACACACACAGUAUAACAUACAGUAUAACAAAUAGGUAAACAGAUAUAAAAGUUAGAAAAACAAGUGAACAUUCCCAUGAACAAUUCCGUGCCCAGAUAAACAUCAUUAUUAGGCAUGUGUACCAGUGUGUGUAUUUUGCUUGACCUCUUUUCUCUUUUGCAGAUUUUGUAAAUCAGUCUUUCAAAUUCAUUUGUUUUUUUUACUUGAAAUUAUGACAUUGGUAAUUCAGGGAAUGAAAGUGUGAAUUCAUUCUUUUCCUUUGUAAUGUCAACUCACACUAGUGAUCAAUCCAUUUCUGCAACUUUUUUUGAGCAAUGGCCAGUAUCAGUCACUUCAAUGAAAAUGGAAUAAAGCUUUGAAAACAGGACACAGAAAUGCAGAAAAAAAUACCCACAAUUAUUCAUAAUUUUAUUUAUAUCCUGAAGCACUUUUUUUCCGUUCCUAACUUUUUUUUUGCUGUUCAAUACCUUAUAAAGACAGGUAGGUAGUCUAGGAAUAAUAGUUUAUUCUAUAGAUUCCAGGAAAUAUAAGCUUCAUUUUCAAAUACUGAUAGUAAUUAGUCCUAAGACCUCCUCAGGUAUAUGUGAAUUACUAGCCUGUAAUAGUCCUUUCUUUUGGUUUUCUUGGCCUAUUCCCAUUAUCUUCAACACUGUACUUACACAGAAUAAUUUCUAAGAUUCCUUUUGGAGUGGAAAAUUAGGUUUCUCCUUCCCAGACACACAUGAACAAACUAGUAGCAAUAUGAAUAAUAGUGGCAGGUCUGGAGAUUUCUCACUCACUAUUCUGCCAUGAGACCUCAUUCACCCUCACCUUCAUCUAUCUCUAGGCAUCACCACACACUCCACAUCAUUGCUCAGACUCAUACAUCUGCCAGGCUGCAUCAAGGUUUUUUCAUUAAAUCUACCAUGCUAUGAAGAAAUAUUCUGGUUUCUUAAAGAACUAUUAUAUAAUCAUUAAAACAGGUUAGAGCAAGGAGAAGGGAGGCAAGUCUCUGAAAAUCUGUCCCAAGGUCACCUUGCAAGGGAGGUACCAUUGCAUGAAACUGUGGAAACCUGCAGAAUGGUGUAUAGCUCCAUGUUUGGAAGGCAAGGGGGGGAAAAAAAAGACCAAAAAGCCCAAUGUUGCUCUGUUAUGCUAAAGCAUACAGAGGAAUAGCACUGAACAGAAACAUGAAGAAUGAUUUAGAGAAACCAAGAUCAGAAAUAAGAAAAAAAAGUUUAAGCUGGAGAUUGUGCUAAUGGAGUAUAAAACCACCUGCAUCCAAAUAAAAUGAUAGACUGUACACAGCAUGUAUAUGAGUCCAUCUGGGCCAAUUUCCUGGGCAUGCAGAAGCUUUCCCAACAUGAGGUCACAUAGGCUGCACAGGGCUGCCUCUGAUGACCUCAAAAAUAACAUGUAGGUCUUGGUUCUUCUGGUUGCUUUCAUUUGUUUAUACUGGGGCAUUUUUAACAGUCUAAAUCUACUCAGUAUUUCCCAGAACAUUUGGUAGUAAGAUUUUGGCUUUAUUUUGCCAUCUUUUAAAUAAUCUUUUCAUGUAUUAUAAUUGUUAUGGUCUAAAACAGGAAUGCUUUACUCAAAGUGCACUUUUUCUCAGACAGACACUCACUCAAAGACUGAUCAUACUAAAAUUGCAAUAUUAGAGUUGCAUUCCUGGGCUUGGCACUUUUUUUUUUUUUUUUUUUUUUUUUAAAAUAUCAACCAUAAAAUAAGAGAGCUUUGUAAGGAAUAAUUUCUUAGAGGACAGCCUGAUUACUUACAAUAAAAUUCCAGGAAAGGAAUAAUUCUAAAAAAUACAACAUUUCAGAAAUCCAUAAUAUUUUUAUUUGGUAAAAUCAGGAUAUUCCUCUUCUACCCUGAGAUGAAGAGAGGUCCUAUAUGUAGCACACACCCCUUUGUUAGGGAUGUCUGCUGUCUCCCUGGGUAUAGCCCUCAGAUCAUUGUCCCUUACUGGUUUUUUGGAAAGCCCAAGGUCAAUCAAGAUUGAGGUGCCACAGUGUAUCCAGAGAGGUGCAAGGGAGCUGGUGAUAGAUCUGUCUGAUGGAGCUGGGAUUGUUUAUCCUAGAGGAAAGAAGGCUCAGAGGAGAACUUAUAACACUACAAAUACCAGAGAAGAGGUCAGAUGAAGGUGGGGGUCGGCUUCUUCUCCCAGGCAACCAGUGGCAGAAUGAGAGGACACAGCCUCAAGCUGUGCCAAGAAAGGUUUAGAUUGUAUAUCAGGAGUAAUUUCUUCAUAGAAAGGGUUGUUACACAUUGGAAUGGACUGCCCAGUGAGGUGGUGGAAUCACUAAUCACAGAGAAAUUUAAAAGAUGUGUAGAUGUGACACUUAGGGACACAGUUUAGUGACAGGUUCGGCAGUACUGGGUUAACAUUUGGACUUGAGGACCUUAAAGUUCUUUUCCAGGCUAAAUGAUUCUAUAAUUCUUGACUCUCCAUUUCUAUUUUCUGUAGAAGUACCUGUGUUUUUAAAUGUACUUGUAUCUCCUGGGGAAAAGGCACUGACUGGAGUACUUAUUCUCAUAACUAAUGUCCUAGCACUUUAAAUAAACAAUUCAAGGUGACAACUUUUCCUGUGUGUAGCUGGUAAAAGAGAAAAAGCAGCACCUGUUUCCAUGGAAAGCAAAUAUCAUUUUGUUCCUUUCAUGACUAAUAAAAGAUGAUGCAUAAUUACA